AGACUCAUAGUCCACAGCCUCACCAGCAAGCCAAAGAUCUCACAACGACAAUGUUUACACGCUGAUGUCAAGCAGACCCCCCUCACUGUGGUUGACUCGCUCGGUGAGGCAGUGCAGCACUCAGACAGCUCUGAUGGCAGAGCAGAGCAGGUGGACUGUGCGAGAGAAGACACCAACAUCACCUGUUUGGGAAAUCUAGAACAACAGAGGACAAAAAAAAAGGAGGAGGAGCAGAGUCUUUGGAAAGCUGUGGUCUCGCUCUGUCUCCCCACCCUUGCUCUCUCUCAUAUGCACACACACUGACACACUCUCCCUUCGCCUCUCCCUUCUUCCCUCCCUGUUUGUCUCCUCCACUCUCCGAUGCUGGUGUGGCGAACAGCAGGACACUCUGCUAAGCUGCAUGGAGGCACAGGGAGGGGCAGGGAGCCCAGAGCCCAAUAAAGACAUCCAGAAGCUGCUGAAGCCUUCCAGCUCAGGCGACCUAUCUAAGGAGUUCUUCCAGCACCCAGCAGGGGAGGAGGAGGGCAGUCUGUCAGGCCACACUGCCAGCCUGCUGCACAUCACUGAAAAGAGACAACCACUGAGUAGUGUAUCUUCUUUAGAGGUGCACUUUGACCUCCUGGAUCUGACUGAGCUGACAGACAUGUCUGACCAGGAACUGGCUGAAGUCUUUGCUGACUCUGAUGAGGAAAACCACAACGAGUUCCCAGCAGGUUCCCAGCAGCCCAUGCUGCCCAGGGGUGGGUACAUGCGCUCCCCCUCAUGGACACGCUGCAGCAAAGUCGAGUCCCCACGAGAGAGAAAACACCACAGCGAUUCAGACACCGCAGAGCCCUUAAUGAAGCUGGAAAGGCCGAAGCAGCCAUGAGAUCUGAUGUGAAACAGCUGGACCACAGAGAGAGAAAACCCAGAGCCAGACAAACAGCCAGAAUGGGAACACAAAGCGGACCAAGAGGCCCCCCAUCUGCCACCGUGCACUCACAUAAUGUUUCGUGGUGCUGAAUAGACGAGUUCAGGUUGAACUCUGGACACUGUGCUCUGUACUCUAACUAAAUAUGUUGAGAUGUGCAAUAUACAGUCUCCUUCUCUGUCCCUCUCCUCUCUUUCUCUCUCUCUCACACACCAACACACACAAUCAUUGCGUUGUUCAUGCAAGGGGUUAUCAAUGCACACUGGGCUGCCUGAAGAUUUUCAGUUUUGUUUUUGAAUGAUAGACAGGGUAUGAGGUCAGCAGAGUAACAAGACCUCCAUCUUUACAGCCUCUUAGGGUGGGAAAUAGUGGCUGGACACUGAGAUUGGCACUAGCAGUUGUGUCCACGGUGUGAGGCAAGAUCUUCCCUGUGAAGUUCAGACACAGGGAUUCACGUUGAAUUACCAGGACAUGAGCUGAAACAUAAAUCAAUGAAGUUGUUCAAAAUAAAAUAUCACGCCGAGGCUGUAACUUAAGGUGCUGCUUGAAAACCUGGCCUAUAAAUAUGGUAAUAUGAACAGUGGGUUUCAGUGAGGCCAACUUCUCCAUCUUAAUGACGAAUGUGUGUUGUUAUUUCAAAUGCCUAAAUAAAAACACUGCACUUCUCUCACUGAAUUGUAUUUUACAGCACCCUCCAGAAUUAUUGGCAUUUGGUGCAGAUGACUAAAAAAGAUAAACAGACCAAGUAGUAGCUUAAUGCAAUAUACUUUUUAAUACUCACUUACUUUUUUGCAAACAUUUGUUUAGAUCAACUUUUUUUCCAUCUCCCUUGAUGGCUGCCACAAUCACUGCUGCUAAACUAACUGAAGUUGGUAAUCCAAAGUUGGUAGUCAAAUUCCAUUAAGAGACAUGCAUUAACUAGGUAGGUAAUGCUCGGAGCUGUCAGCAAUGAAGGUAGAAUUGCGCCGUAGUCAGGUGAAUUCGCAUGAAUGCCAAAAAUACAACAAAGUGCCAACAAUUUUGUAAUCAUCUUUUAUAAGAUGAAUUUAACUUAUGAUGCAAUAUUUCUCAUCUUUUUAAGCAAAGGGAAUAGCGGAUUUCUUGAUUUAUUUAUCUCAUGUUAAGCUUGUCUAUACCAGGAGUGCCAAUAAUUCUGACUGCUGUGACACGAUGGAUCAAAAGUGACACUGGGAUGGUAGAUGAAUAAACAAAAGUCUUAAAAAAAAGUCUGUGUUUGUGUGAUUAACAAGUUACUACAAUGAGGAGUCACAUUCUGUAUAGUGUCUGGCAUACACAGUACCCACUCUAUUACAUAUGAUUUAAGUAUUUAGUUACACUGAAAUUAACA